GGUCGCUAGAUGGCAACAAGACAUGCUGCAGUGGUGUCAGAUACACAUAUGGAUGAAACACCACUAUGCAACAUUUUAAUAGGGAAGAUGAUGAGAAACCAUGAUAAACCGGAGGAUUUGGGGAUAGCCUCUUUUCAAACUAUGCUGGAUGAAUUUGCUAGUGGUGUUGCAUGAUGUUCUCGACGGUUGGGGAGUAAAUACUUUUUUUGAACAUCGUAGCCGAAUCGUAGCCAUUUCGCCUCAAGGCCGGAAAAAACACCCCAGCACUAAGAGAGUGCGCAAGUCGCGGCCAUGGCGACUGCCAGGCCGGUAGUCUCCAUCUACAACUUCGAGAACCCCUCUGAGAAGACUGGUGCCGUGCCGAUGCCCUAUGUGUUGCAGUCACCACUGCGACCAGACCUUGUCCGUGAGGUCCACACCAACAUGGCCAAGAACAAGAGGCAGGCCUAUGCAGUGAGCCCAAAAGCGGGCUAUGACACUGCGGCCGAAUCUUGGUGCACUGGUCGAGCUGUGGCACGUAUUCCCCGUGCUCCUGGUGGUGGCACUCACCGUGCAGGACAGGCAGCUUUUGGAAACCAGGCCAGGGGUGGAGGAAUGUUCAACCCGACCAAGAUCUGGCGCCGCUGGCACCGCCGUGUGAAUGUGACCAAGAAGCGCCAUGCCGUUGCAGUGGCUCUGGCUGCCAGCAGCUUGCCGCCACUGGUGAUGGCACGUGGCCACAGAAUCAACCAGGUGGCCGAACUCCCCUUGGUGGUGACUGACGGCAUUGAAUCCCUGACCAAAACCAAGCAGGCAGUGGAGGCACUGAAGAAGCUUGGAUGUGGUGAGGAGCUGCAGAAGGUCAUUGAUUCCAAGGCCCUCAGGGCAGGCAAGGGCAAAGCCCGAAGCCGCCGCUAUGUCCAGCGUUUGGGCCCUUUGGUGAUCUACAACGAGGACAACGGCAUCACCCGGGCCAUGCGCAACAUCCCAGGAGUAGAGACAGCACACAUUGAUCGAUUGAAUCUGCUCCGUCUGGCCCCUGGUGGUGCUUUCGGACGCUUUGUGAUCUUCACUGAGAGUGCCUUCAAGAAGUUGUCAGAGAUCUACGGAACCCUCAAGAGCGGUGCUCCCUUGAAGAAGGGCUACCACCUUCCCCGUGCUGCCAUGGACAAUGCGGACCUUGCACGCAUCAUCAACAGCACGGAGGUUCAGUCUGUGCUCCGCCCAAAGAUGGAGCGCUCUACUCAUGCCAUGAAGCGCAACGCCCUGAAGAACAAGGAAUUCAUGGAGGAGUUGAACCCAGGCUCCACUGAGCGCAAAGCCAGCUUGCAAAAGGCAUCUGAGAAGGGCACAGCUGAGUUUGAGGAGGUGCAGAAGAAAAAGAAGGCACGCAUUGAGGAAUCCAAGAAGUACAACAAGGAGAACAAGAAAGGUGACGACACCUUCUACAAGACUCUGAUGAAGGCAUUCGAAGCAAAAGCAGCUGCAGAUGCUGCCAAGAAGGCUGCUGAGAAGGCAGAGGAAGAGGGUGAGGACGAGGAGUGAGCGGAUUGCCUAUGGGGCGACAUGACUUGAGGCGGAUUGAAGCGAAAAAAU